ACGUUGUUCUCCAUGUUUGCAGGGAAGAUGGCGAUAACAGCGAGGUGCUCGCCACGGCAUCAGUCUACGAGGAUGGCAACGAGAACCUGCUGGGAGCGACAAAGACGUCAGCCCUCUUUGCAGACAUGUCGUCUGAAUCGUUUGUGAACCUACGUUGGACUGCCGCGAGAAGCGAUCUUGACGGGGACUACAAGUGUGAACUGAACGGCUUCGACAAAGACAACCAGCAUGUGUUGCUGUACAAAGAUAAGACCCUCCAACUCACAGACACGGACCCCAUCUUGACUCUUAAACCAGAAGUGGCCCAGGUCGGCCUGACCCGGAUGUUGACCUUGAACUGUUCCGUAAAUAGCAUGAGUGACCUCAAACUGAAACAGAUAAUUUCCAUCUUGCUGACGGCUGUGCGCGAGGGACAAGAUGAACAUUUGACCUCAGUGGACAUAUUUGAUGGGACUAAGAUCUUCCCCGGGUCACAGGAUGCCAACGUCACAGCUCAACUUGGCACUAAGAUAAUUUCCAUCUUGCUGACGGCUGUGCGCGGUGGACAGGAUGAACAUUUGACAUCAGUGGACAUGUUUGAUGGGACCAAGAUCUUCCCCGGGUCACAGGAUGCCAACGUCACCGCUCAACUUGGCACUAAGGUGGCCUCAUAG